AUGGCUUCCCUGGUGUUUCCAGUCGGGCCGCGUCCCAGCGUCACUCGUGAUGACCGCGCCCGCCAGCGAGGGCAAUGCUCUCUACAAAGCCGGACGCUACAAAGAGGCGGUGCAGGCCUACACGGAGGCCUUCGAAGGCCUUGCCAACACGGAGGCGCUGCAACGAGCCACGCUCUUCUGCAACAGGGCCGCCGCACACCUCCGGCAGCCUUGGCGCUGUUGGCAGAUUUGCCUCAGGAAGGCGUUGGCUCUCUGAUUCGGAAGGCGGAGUGGCGGCUGAAGCGGGCCGAGGAGCUCAUGGAGAUCCGCCGCGAGCACGAGGAAGCACGGGCGUUGGUGCCCAGUGACGCUGCCGGCGCACUCAGGCACAGCGAUGCGGCGAGGAAGCGGGCGGAAGCGGCCGGCUUGGCCGAUUCUGAGCUGGCCGAGAUGCAGUACACCUCCGGGCUGGCAUUGUGCCGCAUGUGCUGCUUCGCAGAUGCGACCGGCUGCUUCGAGCGUUGCCUGAAGCUGUCCCCCGGCCACGCGGAGGCGGCCACGCGCCUCGCUGCCGCGCAGCGCGCGAUGCGCGCUGGGGAGCCGACGCUGAAAGCAAGCCGGAAUCCGUGUGCAUCCCCUUCUCGCUCGAGUCGUACACCUGCCAGACCAGGGUCGAUGACAUCAGCAAUGUGCGAAAGGAGCCCAUCGGUCAAGAUGACGAGCUGCCAGAGGAGCCCGAGGAAGACCCCGCCACGCUUGGCGAGGUGCGCCUGGUCCUCCACAAGGUGCUGGAGUCCAUCGGCGGCAGGCUCUGGGACGCGUCGCUGCUGCAAGCCUCCUGGCUGGCGGAGCACCGGAGGAGGCUGCCUGCGCCCAGCGGAGCAGGUCUUCAGGUGCUCGAGGUGGGGGCAGGACUUGGCCUCCUGGGUCUCACCGCGCAGAUCCUCUCCUAAACAAACGAGGUGUGCUAGGAAGCUACUUCCGGAAGCACGCGUGGUCAUGACGGAUUACGACCCCGCAGUGCUUGCGGCAAUACAGACAAACAUCGCCGCAAACUUCGGCGAGGAUGAGCGCAAGCCACAGACAGGCCGGCUGGACUUCCGCGACUUCGACGCAGCCACACUGGAGGCAGCGCGGGAGGACCCGCCGGGAGGCGCGCUGAAGGAGCUUGCGGAGACCAAGCAGUUGGGCUCGUUUCAUAUGGUGCUGGGCAGCGACGUUGUGUACGACUCAUACCACGGGCGGCAGCUGGCCUUGGUGACGUCUGCCAUGCUCUGGUCUCCUCCAUCGGACUACGACGGCCCGGCCCCUUGCGCCGUGUUUCUGCUGCCGGACUCCCGGCCGCGCCUGGCAAGCUUCGUCCAAGCGCUGCCCAGUGCAGGCCUCAGCUGCCGCAUCGAACGGCUGGAGACCCGAUGCGCCUUCUUCCGACGGCUGCGCCGCUGCCACCCCAGCUUGGGAGAGGACAACAGCUACUCGCUGUAUUUCGUCGAGCGCCUGACAGCCGAUGCCCAAACCGCGGAGAAAAAAGGGGCUGUGGGAGUCAUGAGCCACGGUGCACAGCGUUGGCUCGACUCCGGCCGCGGCCUCGAGCGCCUGGUCGAGGAGCGCCUGAAGGCGCAGAGCGCAGCACAGGCAGCGGCCAUGCGCGACUCGGAGACGCGAGUGACGGCUGUCUCGAACGAGCUCACCGCCGUGUCUGAGGGCCACCGGCUGCAAGUGUUGAAGAUCACGCAGGCAGUCUCGGAGCUCGGACGGGACCGCCUUGGCAUGGGGGUGAUGUGCUGCUCGGGUUGGGGGCGUUAG